AAUUAAAUGUUUUGCUGUGUUCAGAGUGAAAACAGAAUUAUUGACACAAAUCCAUCGAAUAUAUAUUCUUAGAAUGGAAUUGUUAACGAAGCUUGUUGUUGUUUUGCUGUUGCUUGCGAGAGUCAAUGCUGAUGACAUUGCAGACGAGGGAGGUUCAAUGAGUUUUGAGAAUCUACAGUCACGAAUCAAAAACUAUGAAGAAAACAUAAAAAAGAACGAAGCAGAGAUGCGAAUACUGGAAAAUGAAAUCGCCGAUGUUAAUAUGAAAAUAAGCCAUGAAAAUGAGUUGAGGCAACUGAAUAAAAACUCAUAUUUAUCUGGCGUAUUAAGAUCAGCAUUAUUGGGAAUAUAUCCAACAUUGUGUCUGCCAAAUGAAAGCGUUACAGGAUUAUAUGAUAUAAAACUUAAUGAUGAAUCUUUUGAAGUCGUCUGCGAUGGGAAGAUUGCCGGACCUGGCUGGAUUGUGAUCCAAAGACGCAGCGACGAUAAUUUAGAUUUUAAUCGAGGUUGGAAAGAGUACCAAAAUGGUUUUGGUAAUAUCGGAGGAAGUUAUUUCAUAGGUCUCAAGAAAUUACGCCAGCUGACUUCGUUUGUACCUCACGAGUUAUAUAUACACCUUGAAAGUCUGAACGGAGAGACUCGGUUCGCCAAUUACAAUCAUUUUAAGAUUGAAGGUCAAAAUUACAGAUUAAUAUCCUUGGGUGAUUAUAACGGCACUGCUGGCGAUGCAUUUGCCGAUUCUUUAGGAAACGAUUUCCUGACCAACGAAUACAAUAGAUAUUUCUUUGGAAAAACUGGAUGGUGGAUUUCUUACGAUCAAAGCGGAAUUGGAAGCAAUCUGAAUGCAGCUUAUAGCCAAUGGCAGACCUGGCCCAAAGUUUUCAGAUCUGUGCAAAUGAUGAUACGACCCGUCAUGAACAGCGUUCUAAGCAAUUGUGAACCAAAACAUGAUAAUUUUCUUGUUCAAUUUUGGAAAUGGUUAAAAUAUACAUCUUGAAGAUUUGCGAGCAACUAAUAAAGUGUAAUAAUGAUAUUUUA